AGCAUAUAUAAAGCCUGGGUCUCACCGCUGGCUGACACACAUCUUCCCACCGAUACCUGGACAUCGGACAGAAGAGAAACAUAUACUACCGACAGAAAUCAUGCGUGAGUGCAUAUCCAUCCACGUGGGCCAAGCUGGGACACAAAUUGGCAAUGCCUGCUGGGAGCUGUACUGCCUGGAGCACGGCAUCCAGCCCGACGGCCAGGUUCCCAACGGCAAGACCAUCGGUUCAGCAGACGACUCCUUCAACACCUUCUUCAGCGAGACGGCGGCCGGGAAGCACGUCCCUAGGGCCAUCUUUGUGGACCUGGAGCCCACCGUGAUUGAUGAGGUGCGUACAGGAACCUACCGCCAGCUCUUCCACCCCGAGCAGCUUAUCACUGGGAAAGAGGACGCAGCCAACAACUAUGCCCGCGGCCACUACACCAUCGGCAAGGAGAUCAUCGACAUUGUGCUGGACAGGACUCGCAAACUGGCCGAUCAGUGCACUGGCCUCCAGGGCUUCCUGAUCUUCCACUCCUUCGGUGGAGGCACAGGCUCUGGCUUCACCUCCCUGCUGAUGGAGCGUCUUUCUGUUGAUUACGGAAAGAAAUCCAAGCUUGAGUUUGCCAUCUACCCAGCGCCCCAGGUGUCCACAGCUGUAGUCGAGCCCUACAACUCCAUCUUGACCACCCACACCACCCUGGAACACUCGGACUGUGCCUUCAUGGUGGACAAUGAAGCCAUCUUUGACAUCUGCCGCAGGAACCUCGACAUCGAACGUCCAUCCUACACCAACCUCAACAGGCUCAUUGGUCAGAUCGUGUCCUCAAUCACCGCCUCACUUCGCUUUGAUGGUGCCCUGAACGUCGACCUGACAGAGUUCCAGACCAACUUGGUGCCCUACCCUCGUAUCCACUUCCCAUUGGCCACCUAUGCUCCAGUCAUCUCCUCGGAGAAGGCCUACCACGAGCAGCUCUCUGUGUCAGAGAUCACCAAUGCCUGCUUUGAGCCAGCCAACCAGAUGGUGAAAUGUGAUCCUCGUCAUGGUAAAUACAUGGCCUGCUGUCUGCUGUACCGAGGUGACGUGGUGCCUAAAGACGUCAACUCCGCCAUCGCUGCCAUCAAGACCAAGAGAUCCAUCCAGUUUGUGGACUGGUGUCCCACAGGCUUCAAGGUUGGCAUCAACUACCAACCACCAACUGUGGUUCCAGGAGGAGAUCUGGCCAAGGUCCAGAGGGCCGUGUGCAUGCUGAGCAACACCACUGCUAUUGCUGAAGCCUGGGCUCGUCUUGACCACAAGUUUGACCUGAUGUACGCCAAGAGGGCCUUUGUCCACUGGUAUGUUGGGGAGGGCAUGGAGGAAGGAGAGUUCUCAGAGGCCAGAGAAGACAUGGCCGCUCUGGAGAAAGAUUAUGAAGAGGUUGGCACUGACAGCAUUGAGGAAGAUGAGGGAGAUGAGUUCUGAACUCCUUCAAUUGGUCUUUCUAAACAUGUUCCUUCUAAUUAAAUAAUUACUUAACAAAUAGAGGGUGGCCAAUAAAUGUGGUUGAGUGUUGAAUGACGAGGACACGUCAGUAGAUUAAAGUAAUCCAUCAUAUUAACAUCAUAUUUAGAGGUUCAAGUCUAAAUCUGUCCGAAAGUUCUAUAUUA